AUGAAACCUUUUAUGCGGAAAUGUUAUGAAAGGCGCCCGAAAUUUCCUCCCGUCCCAAAUGCUUUGAGGCCCUCUGUGGAGCCCACAGCGAGAGCGGGUCGUUCUUCCGGUCAGCCAGGAUGCGUGCGACAGAAGAGCGGCUCACUCUGCCGGAGAGUCUGCAUGCGGCGCGUCAUGCAGCGCGGGCCACCGCUGGUGCUCUUGCUGGCGUUGGGCGCCAGCACAGCGGUUUGGCUCUGGCUCCACGGCCACUUCAGGUCAGCGCAGAAAAAGGCCGACAGGGUUUCCUUGGAGAUGUACGCCAUCCUUCCUCUCGAGCCGGAACCAUCAGUCUGGUCUCGCCUGCGGCGCCUAGCGGAGCCGACGACCAGCCCUCAGGACUUGGUGAGCAGCGUGCGGUUCGCGCCCGGUGGUCGGCUCGUGGGCUUCCGCAGCACAGCGGCCCUCUACAACCACGCGCAGUCCAGCGUGCAGGAGCUGCAGCGCUUCCUGUCCCACCAGCUGCGCCUGGUGGCGGCCCGAGUGCCCCAAGCGCUGCGCCGCCGUAUUGCCGCCCUGUCAGUGGCCGCCAAGGAGAGGCUGCGCCACCUCGCAGCCGAAGUGAAAACCAUGGCGCACGAGACCGGCAUCCUGAAGCGAAAGCGCCAAGCGCUGUUUCAGCUCAAGAGCAAGGUUCGCCGUGCCAUCGAUCGCAACCAGAACAGGGGCAACUGUUCACGGGCACUGGUGUGCCGGCUUGCCAACCCUUAUGGCUUCUCCUCUGCCAUCCACGACGUGCUGUGGUGCCUAGCGCAGGGCGUCAGCCAGGGCCGGCCCGUUCUCGUCGAUUCGCAGCCUUGGCACUACGCGCCUUCGGCCUGGCACGAGGCUUUCCUGCCGCUGAGCUCCGCCUGCCCCUCCAGGAUAGAGCCGCGCUCGCAGUGGCCUGGGGAGAACCUGUCGGCAAACCGCGCUGCCCUUCUCGAGCUUCCUCGAGACGUGGCCGAUGCCCUGGUUAGACUGCACGGUGACCCGUACGCCUGGUGGUUCGGUCAGCUGAUGGCCUACAUCAUGCGUCCUUCCAAGAGAUUGCUGGAGCUCAUCACGCAAGCCAAGAGAAAGUUGCAGUUCCAAUCGCCCAUUGUCGGGCUGCACGUGCGUCGCACGGACAAGGAGAGCGAGGCGUCGUUCCACGAAUCGGAGGAGUACAUGGAGCACGCGGAGGCGUUCUUUGCCGCCGUGGGACCACACGUCCCUCGAAGGGUGUUCGUCGCUACGGACGAGCCGGACGUAUUUCACGAGCUUCGCCACAGGUACCCGAACUACUCGUUCGUGGGCGACGAGGCGGCCUCGGCGGCGGCCCGGGAGCAGCGCACGCGCUACUCGCUGCGCUCGCUGCUGCCGCUGGCCAGGGACGCGCUGCUGCUCGCCGAGUGCGACCUGGUGGUGUGCACGCUCUCGUCGGGCGUGUGCCGCGUCGUCUACGAGCUCAUGCAGGCGCGGCGGACCGAUGCCUCGGCGCAGCUGGUGUCGCUGGACGUGGACUACUUCUACGCGUUUGUCCAGUUCCCGGCGAGGAGGGUCAUUUACAGCCACCGACCCCUGCACCCAAAGGAGCUGUGGCUGCGAGAAGGGGACGCUGUGGAGAGGCUGGGCGACCACUCGGUCAUUGGCGAGGCACGACGCAAGAAGUUCCUGGACGGCGUCUCUGUUGGCGCGUUGCCCGGCACCGUGCUCACUGGGCUCUACCCAACCUACAAGACCGUGCCGCAGUUACGCGUUGCAGCCUCAAAGCUCACCUCAUGGACCUGAUACCGUCCUGGGAAAUGAAAAAAAUAAAGAUAAAAUGGAGCAAGUCUUGGAAGCACAUUAGGGAAAAAAUAAGGAUGACAUGCAGACGGACUAGAGUAGAGCUGUAGGUCAUAACCACAUGCGGCCAAUAGACUUUUCAGCCAAGGAAACCACAAAAGAAAUUGACUGUUCCUUUAAAUGAAAUUAUGGGAAUAAUAACGAAAACCUGAAUGAAUGUGGCCUGUAAGGCAAUUUGCCACAUGAGAGAGCAGGAUUACAUUCCCACCGGCGCUGAUUUCCAGCAUCAGCUUUCCUGUAAACAUCUGUGCGUUCAAAGAAUCGCUGAGUGAGUGUGUUCUAGGUAUCGUAUAAUUAUGCACCUCGCCUUGGCCUGAAGCUUUCUUUAAGCCGAAUGGUUAUUUAUACAAGUGGGUGCACGCGCAUACAAUCAUACAAAAGAAAGUACCAACCACGACGCGAUCACGGUGUUGAAUAACAGGUGUGACUCCAGAAAAAUUAAGCGGCAUACAAAUAGACGUAUCGCUUAGACAUUAAUCACCAUAUUUCAAUACGGUAAUUCAUAUUUUAAAGCACCGCUAGUGUAUCUCUUGCGGCGGUGUCUUUGCUUCUGACCAGAAUUUCUAUGUAGCUAAAUCGCGGCCGCAUCCACACUGUAUAACAUGCGAUAAAAGAAAUUAAUUUAUGAAGCUAAACACAUGCGCCCAAGGAUGUGUCAGCGAUCCCAACCGAUACGAAAUGCAGAUUGCAAGCAGCAUAACUGUGUUUUCAAUGCCUUGCUUGUGAAAGGCAAAAAAUAAGUUUGAUGAAAAGUAUCUUUAUUUCUGCGCAAUAGUCAGGCAGAAGCAGUCAUUGAAGAUCAUUUGCGUGUUAAAAUAAUAAUAAUACUAAAGAAAACAUCACAGUGUAAGCAAUCAACGAAAUUAAAGAAGCUCUACGCGUUAGCUAAAAUCAUGAGAAAAAUAUAUAUGAGUGACGAAUAGAAAUGGAUAUCAAGCAAAUAAUGGUUAGAAGAAUGGCAGCGCGUCACUGUGUUCUGAAAAAUAAAAACGAUUUAGAUACAGCUGUGUCUGGUGCACUGCGAUAAGUUAAUCUGAGUCCGGCUGACCAAAUUUAUUUUUAAGAAUUCGUGCAACUUCGCCUACAAGUAAUAACAACGAUACAAUGUUUUCAAGGCAAAGAUUGGCGUGGUUCGAAGC